AUGGCCGUACCCUUCUUUAGGCACUCUACAUCUACUAAUGGAGCCACGAAUCCACCCAACACCGAUACAAAUGCCACGGAGCAAUAUGGAUACGUGGAAGGAGUAUUUCAUGCCAGUGUGGGCAGAUAUACCUUGUCCUUUCAUGACGCCCAACGUCUUUGUGCAUUGCUCGGGGAAUCCUUAGCUACAUACGAUCAGUUGUACACUGCUUGGGAAGCUGGCCUUCAAAAAUGCAGAUCCGCUGAUGACAACGGUUACUAUGUGUGUGAGAUGAGCAACUCAGAAAGGUACAUGGACCCUGAAAGAAUGCAAGACCGCAUUAGUUUUGAUUACUAUGGCACAACUACUGAGAUGCUUUACAGCCUUCUGCCAACAUGUGACAGUAUUACUUGUAAUCAUGGAGGAAAGUGCACUCAAGGUCAGCGGUUGGGUAAAAUUACGUGUCAGUGCCUUCCUGAAGUUACUGUGUUGCCAUUCAUUGACGAUAAGUGUAAUGUUGAUAUGAAUGCGAUGACGCAGCUGGGGGCCGUGAAGGGAGUUUUUCAAGCUCAAGUGGGCAUAUAUUCCUUGACCUUUAAUGACGCCCAACGUCUUUGUGCACUGCUUGGGGCAACCUUAGCUACAUACGAUCAGUUAUACACUGCUUGGGAAGCUGGCCUUCAAAGAUGCAGGUACGGUUGGCUAGCUGAUGCCACCCUUCGCUACCCAAUGCAAACGAUCCAACCUAAUUGUGGAAGUCUUACCGGUAUUAUUGGAUCGUCUACUCCGCAACAUAAUAAGUCCAAAACGUCUAACGCUUGGUGUUAUAAAUAG